ACACGUCCUCUGAUUGGCGAUAGCAGCAACCAAUCACAGUUGCUGGGGGUUGUUGGUGCUAGAGCAUCUUCCAACAUGGCGGCCACUGCAACUGCAUCUUCCUUCAACCUGCCGGUAGCAUCUGUGUUGUUGGUCCUGCUGCUAUGUCUGCAGUCGGGAGGUGGUCAAAAGAAGAAAGAGAAUAUGUUGGCGGAGAAGGUUGAUCAGAUGAUGGAGUGGAGCUCUCGUCGGUCCGUUAUCCGCAUGAACGGAGACAAGUUCCGCCGCUUCGUGAAGGCGCCGCCCCGGAACUACUCUGUCAUUGUGAUGUUCACCGCACUGCAGCCCCAGAGGCAGUGCUCCGUGUGCAGACAAGCUAACGAGGAGUACCAGGUGCUGGCUAACUCUUGGCGUUACUCGUCCGCUUUCUCUAACAAACUCUUCUUCACCGUGGUGGACUACGACGAGGGGGCAGAUGUCUUUCAGCAGCUGAACAUGAACUCGGCCCCCACCUUCAUGCACUUCCCGGCCAAAGGAAAGCCAAAGAGGGCCGACACCUUUGACCUGCAGCGCAUCGGCUUCGCCUCGGAGCAGCUCGCCAAGUGGAUCGCUGACCGGACUGAUGUACAGAUCCGGGUGUUCCGCCCCCCUAACUACUCGGGCACCAUUGCGCUGGCUCUGCUGGUGUCACUCGUGGGAGGUCUCCUCUAUCUGCGCAGGAACAACCUGGAGUUCAUCUACAACAAGACCGGCUGGGCCAUGGCCGCCCUGUGUGUUGUGUUUGCCAUGACCUCAGGUCAGAUGUGGAACCAUAUCCGCGGCCCUCCAUAUGCCCACAAGAACCCACAGAAUGGACAAGUGAGCUAUAUUCAUGGGAGCAGCCAGGCUCAGUUUGUGGCGGAGUCUCACAUCAUUCUACUGUUGAAUGCCGCCAUUACCAUGGGGAUGGUCCUGCUGAACGAGGCGGCUACCUCCAAAGGAGACGUGGGCAAGAGGAGGAUCGUUGGGUAGUCUGCUCCCUCCAUGAAUACGAGUCUGAAGAGAAGGCCUCCUCCACGUGUGAUGGUUCCGUUCUGCAGUCGCCUUUGCCAGACCUGGUGACUAACUUGUGUGACGCAGAAAGCCAUCAUCUGCCCAAAGCUGCCUGCGUGAUGUGUGAACUGCAGGGCAGCAGCCCAUUCCCUGUGUGUGUGUGUGUGUGUGUGUGUGUGUGUGUGUGUGUGUGAGAGAGAGACUGCGAACGCAAUGAAUGGGAGAAAUUUGAAGCAAAUUUUGCGAUGGCUUUACUAUUCUGAAAUGUAUCAUAAUUAAUCCUUAUGUGUGUUUGUCAUUUUGUAAAACUGCAUGUUUGAUUUGCAUUGUUUAGAAAUUGUAUGGAAUCAGACCAUCAUAGAGAAACUCCUGGAUGAGAUUCCCAGGGGAAAAAAGACUAGUGUUCUCAAUGGGGUGUCAUUAUGCUCCAUACUCUUUUGAGAAAUUCUGAGCAGAGUCUGCUGUAUCAGUGAAUCACUUGCUGAAGCCUUGGGCAAUUUCAUCAAAUAGGGACCAAAUCGCUCACCUUGAACAAUCCAGUAAACUUUGGUGGUAAGUUGUCACCGUGAUAAGUGGCUCCCUUCAUAAAAAAAACUGGACUGUACUAACUUUGUCUGGAAAGUUUUUUCCUUUUUAUCCGCCUUUAAAAGCACCCUACUAGGGCACAGUUGGCUGUUGAUCAAACUCAUCUGUUGCUAAGGAAACCUGGCAGUUGAAACUGCAGGAGACCGAGAAAUGUGAAUAAACUAAGUGAAAUGGAAGGGACUGAAAUAGGAAGACAAAAUAAAUCAUGAAUGGUUAGAAGAAGGGUGGCAUGGCCCAGGAAUGAAGUCAGACCCCUGACCAGGACAUAGAGCUUCCUCAUCGCACAGGGGACUGUGGACGUUUCUAAUGGACAGCAUGUUGAAAGUAUGUUAAACAGUUGACUGUUCCAUCAUCCCAAUGGAUCACUGCAGCCUGUAAGGUCAUCAAAUGCAUAUGGCUUAAUAAAACGGUGCUAUCGAUGUUAGUUCAUUAAUUAAUUAAUUAAUUAAUACCCUCAGGGGCAGCAAGGAGUUUGUUUGGAGGUAGUGUAGAGUUGCCACUGCUUAUAUGCCCCAAAGUCUUUAUGUUCUGGAGAUAUAUUUUUGGUAGCUCUCUA